AUGGUGUCGUUCGCGUCGCCGCUGUUCUGGCAGAUCAAUUAUUUGGUGACCAACCUCAGCAAGAAAAACUUCAAGUCCAAUGUGGCUGAGCUCAACCAGCUCGUGGAACUCUAUGGAGAAGACGCUCGUAUCUUUCUACUCAACUGCCUUGUCAAGGAUAUCGACUUCCGCGACGCUCGCGGUCAGAAGGACGUGCUCAAGAUCCAAUUGCUCACGCACGAGAUCGCUCAGGCCUCGUCGCGCCCCAAUUUCACCACUUUCAUCUGCGAGGCGAUCGAAGGAAGCUCGCCCGACUCCGCAGCCGUCAGUAGACGAUACGUGACCGAGGAUUUCCUCCACCUUUUCUGCAAGAUUCUGAAGCUCAGCCUCCCGCAGCAGGUGACGAUCGGUCUGGCCUUUGCCCAGGGUGAGAACGCCGACAGCUCUUCGCAAGCCAUCCAAUUUCUGCGCACCAAGAUCCCUGAAAUUUCGUCCUGUGGGGCCAAACUUCCCUCGGACGUGCUCCACUCGCUCGUUUUUGUGCUGCGUAUGAAGAAGGAAUUCCACGCCGACAUCGCCGAGACUGACUCAUUCCUCGCUAGCAUCUCCUCAGCGCACCCGAACGACAUGGGUUCGCUCGAGAUGGCCCCGUUGACCAUGGGCGACCCCGAUCACGUAGACUGCGAGCGCAGGACGGACUCGGACUUUCUCAGCAAGCUCAUCUCGGAUGUGUCUUCGAGCUGUCUGUUCUAUGAAUUGAUGGAAGACGUUGGCUACUCGUGCACGGCAUCCCCGCAGGCAUUCCGAACGCUCUUGGAUGAGGCUGGACUUGCAAAGGCACCCACGAUCCCACCAGCCCAGGUUGCGGGGAUGCUGGCCAUGCUUUCGCGUACUUAUACGGGUCUAGACGCGAGGAACGGAGCCACGCUGAUGGCGAAUCUUACGAUUGAUUUUGAGGCAUCCGCGUUGGAAGAGGCAGCCACCGUGUCGGUGCGGGAAAAGUGGGACCUCGAGGUUAUCGCUGAUGUGCUGCAGAAAGAUUACGGCUCUAUUAAGUGGACGAAGGUGGCGGAGAAGCUUGAUCGGGCUGACCUCAACAUCCAGAAUGUGGCUCAGCUACGUGUCCUUAUUACAGCCUUCCAGCUGUUCUCGCAGACCAAGUUCCGUGUGACGACUUUGCUUCGACCCUGGAAGAACAGCCGCGCGCAUGUUUGCAUCCUGAAGGCCGCUGUAGAGGCACCACCGGAAGUUCUGUCAUUUUCUGAUUCACCACACAAGCUCGCGCCGUUCGAAGGUGCCGAUGCGUCAGCCGUCCCCAAGAAUGGUGUGUGGUUCUCGCUAGAUAUCGUGGAUACGCUGCUGCAGGUAUCGGAGCAAGAUUGCUACGGUGACGUUCGCAAGCUUUUGGAUGGUGCAAUGAAGAUGUGCCCUGAUGUUCUGAUCGCCAACCUGGCCCAGUCAUCGCCUCGUUGGAACGCGCUGCGCGAUGACAUGUUCUCGGAGCUUUUUAGCACGUACAUUAUGGGUCGUCCCAACGCUCCACUCAUCAUGCGUCACCUGUGGUCUGUGGCGCCCAAACUAGUACUGUACGCUAGCGUCAAAUGCUUUUAUGCCGCGACGGCGCCACACAUUGUGUCGCGACUAUUCGCACUCUUCCGCAACACGGGCGACUCGUUCGCAUCCGCGAUCCACUCGAACUACUUCUCGUUUGCUCUGGCACUGGCUACUAUGGGAGCCAACCACGAUGUACUAAACUUAGAGACGUGGCUGGUGGAGCGUCUCGCGUCUCAACGGACGGCGUUUGCGACGUCAUGCUUGGCCUUCGUGCACCGCAACUACGCUCGGGCGGUGCCAAAGAGCAACAUAACCCCGCAGUCGAGCCACGUCCUGUCUAUUGAGUCGUUGGCGACUAUUCUUAAGUGUAUCAUGGCCGUUCAGGGGGCGCUACCCGUUACCAUCUCUCAGGAGCUUAAGCGUAUUAUCACACUGUGCAUGGAGGCACACCCCGUUAUCUCGGCGUCUACACGCCCUGCUGGAGAAGUUGGCAAAAUGCAAACACCAGGUGCACUUGGAGCAGCCACUGGUUUUGGUGCCGAAGCUGCAGCAGGUGCGGGGAUUGCAGCUGAGGGAGCCACGAGUGGCGGUGAUGCUCCGACGUAUACGGCGGAGAUGAUCGAGGAGCAGGCCAACGCGUACUUUCAGCAGAUUUACACGUCUGAGCAGAACAUCAACGACGUCGUGGCGAUGCUGAAACGCUUCCAUGGGUCUCGCGACGAACGCGAGUGCCAGAUAUUCUACUGCAUGAUCCACAACCUCUUCGACGAGUAUCGUUUCUUUCCACGGUAUCCGGAGAUGGAGUUGCGCAUUACGGGUGUUCUCUUCGGCAAGUUGAUCGAGCACCAAGUACUCCCGCCCAAUUUUUUGCAAACUGCUUUGCGCUCUGUGCUGGAAAGUCUUCGUGAGCCGGUGAACUCCAAGUUCUUCUUCUUCGGGGCGUGCGCGUUGCAGCAGUUUGUCCCGCGGUUGCGAGAGUUGCCAGCGUACUGCACAAACCUGUCGCAAAUUCCUCACUUGCAGCACGCACUGCCUGAAAUUAUGCGUCAAGUGAACCAAGUAACUCGCUCAAUCGCGGUGUCAGGACCUUCAGGAGAUGCGAGUGCUGGCACUGGUACUGCUUUGUUAUUGGGUAGCUCCUUGCCACCGUUAGGCAGUGUGGUUGAAGGAGAUGGAACUUCGAGGCUAAGUAGUAGUGCCGCAUCUUUUAGCGCUAUAACACCACCACUUGCGUCGAAGGCUCAAGACGAUAUCGGAAUCCAAAUCCCUUCAUCGAUCUUGAGUCGGUCAGCAGGUCCAUCGUUGACAUCUCCAUCACCCAAUGCACCAGCUGGCUCCCCGCCACCUCCUGCUGUCCCAGCCCCGGAGCUGAUAGUGGACCAUAUUUUCCACGACUUGAGCAAAGUGGACGAAAGUGAGGUAAUCGAGCAGCCGGACGAAAACGUGAAGGAUCGUAUCCACUUCAUUGUGAACAACAUGUCCAUCUCGAACUUGGAAGUAAAGAUCCCGGAAGUGCGUAAGAUGCUGCUACCUGAGUAUCACGCAUGGCUGGCGAACUAUUUAGUGGUGAAGCGUAUCUCGACCCAGCCGAACUACCACACAGUUUAUCUGAUUUUCAUCGAAAAGCUUGUGCGUCCAGAGCUUGAGCAUGAGAUCCUGAAGCGUACACUUCAGAAUGCUCGCAAAUUGCUGACCUCGGGAACGAUCACGACUAACUCGCAGCAGCGUUCAUUACUGAAGAAUCUAGGCUCGUGGCUCGGUGUAUUCACCCUCGCGCGCAACAAGCCUCUGCUUCAGCGUGACUUGGACUUGAAGGAGCUGCUGUACGUGGGCUAUGAGUCUGGCCACCUUAUCGCUGUGACGCCUUUCGUUGCCAAGAUCCUCGAAGGAUGCAAGAAGUCAAAGAUCUUCAAGCCGCCUAACCCGUGGGUUAUGGGUCUUAUUCAUUCCAUGAGCGAGAUUUAUGAUGUGCCCGACCUGAAACUCAACCUCAAGUUUGAGAUUGAAGUUCUGUUCAAGUCGUUUAAGCUUAACGUGGAGGACCAGCGCAAGGCGCAGCUCUUGCAUACGCGUCGUGCUCCACCUCGAACGGCCAACCCUGACUUCAACGUUAAGGUCCCCAAGAACUCGAUGGUGGGACAGCGAUCUGCCACACCACCUCCUGGCUCGGGAGUCAAGUUAAGCCGACCCCUAACACCAGGCAAGAUGAAGAAGCCAGGCGACGGGUUCGCACCUGCUGGUAGCCCCACUGGAAGAGAAGGAGUGGCGGGCUACGGGCUUGGAACAAGCAAUACUGGAGCUGCAGCUGCCGAGUCGACAGUGAUUCCAAACCUGGCCUCGUAUGUUGCCGUGAACCCUGAGCUACCGCUGCGCAACGUGAAUUUGCGCCGUCUGGUACCUCUAGCCGUAGAUCGCGCUAUUCGCGAGGUAAUUUCGCCUGUGGUGGAGCGCAGUGUAACAAUUGCGUGCAUUACCACUCGUGAGGUGAUUCUGAAAGAUUUUGCUACGGAAUGUGAUGACACGAAGAUGCGUAAGGCGGCUCAUCUAAUGGUGGCGUCGAUGUCGGGAUCAUUAGCACUCAUCACAGCGAAGGAGCCGCUUCGCAAUGCUAUCGGUACCCAUCUGCGUGCGCUGCUUCCCUCCAGCGCUGGGGACCCGCAGCAGCUUGAGCAUGUGAUCCAGAUUUGUUCCAACGAGAACACGGACCUAGGCUGCAUGCUGAUUGAGAAGGCGUCGUCGGAGAAAGCCAUGCGUGACAUUGAUGAGGCUCUGGCCGGUGCCUAUGCAUCACGUCGACGCUACCAGCAGCAGCAAGCACAGGCUGGAAAGACACUGGACGGAGUGCAUUUCUUUGAGGGAAGCGCUAGCAGUACGGCAGUUGCAGUAUCUGCUGGUUCUCCAGGUGCUCCUAGUGGCCAAUGGCCUGCAGCCUUGCCUGACAUUUUCAAGCCCAAGCCAGGUGGAGUCCCACCCAUGCAGCUUGUGGUUUACGAGGCCUUCCAGCGUAUCCCACGACCCAAUUCCAUGCCGCUUUCGUCUCGUCCGGGUGCUGCCGCAUACGCUGGCGCUGCUAUUGAUAAGGAGGGUGAUACUGCUGGUGUGAGUGUAACUGCUGCGUUGGAUCGCUUUGCUGGAUUGCUGGAGCGCUUCGAGCUGUUCGUGCAGAAGGUGGCUCGCCAGGCUGCGGCUGCUCAGCGUGAGCUUCCAUCGCUGCUGGCGAUUCCGGCAGAAAGCGAGGUCUUUGCUGUUUUACGUGAGGUUCGUGCUUUGGGUGGGAGCGUUCGACCUGCUCUGCGCGAUGAAGCCUGUCUGAAGAUUGCGAACCGAAUUGUGAAGUUUAUGUACGAGUUAGGCAACGGUGGUCGAGGCAACGAGCUGUUUUUGGAGAUUCUUGUGAGCUCGUUGGAGGCUCUGACAGCUAACUGCGAGAAACUUCGCAAGGAGAUUGUGGGGUGGGUGCUGCGCGCUCCUGUGGACGAUAAACUGAAGCUACACUGUGAAAUUAUCGUGGCGCUUAUCCGCUACAAGGUGGUGGAUGCAAGUGAGUUUGACGUGUACCUGGCGCGCAACAUGGAGCGCAACAGCGUGGCCAUCGAGUUUGCAGUCCAUGUUGUCCGUCAGUGUCUUAUAAUGGAGCACGUUGGUGUCGCUACUCAACUGCCGAACACUUUAGAAGCUCUUGCCCGCAUUGUGGAGCGACAUGGAGGAGCUUCGGCGAACAAGAAUGUGCAGAUCCUCGCUGCACUCCUGGAGCAGGCGCGUGUACAAAAACUCCAGAACUGCCCAGCAACGCCAGCACCACAGAAGACAAUGGGGGCAAUUGGCAGUGGCGCUUCCAAGGCUACCGAAGAGCGACCUCUGGUACAGGAACACGCAGCAUUCAAGCACACCGUGAGCAACGCUCUGGAGCACUGGAUCGCCAUUUACAAGGAGCCGACGGGCAACUCGAAGAUGCAUGCUCAGUAUCUCCAGAUGUUGAAGCAGUACGGAUUGCUUGCUGAUGACGAAAGUGUAUCGCUCUUUUUCAGGUUCGGUACGGAGCUGUGCGUGGAUGCAUGUCUCAAGAGCUCCUUUGCUGCGAGUGACCCUGCUGCGCUCAAGGCUGGUGCGAAGGUCCCAUUGAACUACGCGGUGCUGGACGCCCUCACGCACCUGAUGGCGCUGCUUGUCAAGUACCUUGACCCAUCGCCCGCGGCCAAGCUUCAAGUGCUGAACCAUGCCGUGGGUGCUAUUGCCAAUGUGCUGGUUGCAGCCCACGACUUGUCGCGGAAGAAAAAGGCCCCAUUUGACCAGCGCGUCUUCUUCCGUAUGUUCGUGAACCUUAUGAAGGAGUUGACGGCGCAGGAACCGGCUUUGGAUGCUAUCCACCUCCAGGUCCUCAACACGUUUGCCAGCGCGUACAACACACUGCAACCUAUGGGACUUCCUGGCUUCGUGUUUGCUUGGACGGAGCUUAUCUCUCACCGCUGCUUCAUGCCGUUGUUACUGCGCGCAAAGCAGCAGCGCGGUUGGCAGAUUCUACACCGUCUGCUCAUGAACCUGCUUGUGUUCAUGGAGCCAUUCUUGCGUCAUGCGAACUCGAACAUGUCGCUCCCAGACUCUAUUGCUGCGCUCUACAAGGGUGUGGUGCGCAUCAUUCUGGUGCUCUUGCACGAUUACCCGGACUUUCUGAGCGAUUUUUACACGAGCUUCUGUGACGUGUUGCCUGCAACUUGUGUUCAGCUGCGUAACGUGAUCCUGUCGGCGUUCUCGCGCACGAUGCGCCUGCCCGACCCGCUAACAUUGGGACUUCAGGUUUCCCAACUUCCUGAAGUGAGCGUGGCCCCGCGACUAAUGCCUGCAUGGGGAGUUGCCCUCUCGCACAACGGUAUCAAGGAAGAAGUCGACGAGUUCUUGCACGCAACAGCGAACCGCGCCUCGGUGUUCCCCGCCGAUCUCAUCUCGAAGCUGAUGCGUCCCGCUGCCCAACUGGAACGCGACCCGACGUCGUGCAAGUACGCACUGCCUGCUCUCAAUGCGCUGGUGCUGUACUUGGGCAAGGAGGGCAUUGCCGACAUAGCCAACGGAGGUUCGACGCCGACGAAUGCGCCGGUAACGUCAUCUGUAGCUGAUGACAAGUCUAGCACGACCAGUAAGUUUGAGCAGACCGCGGCCAUGGAUGUGUUCCGCUACCUGGCGGAUGAGCUAGACACUGAAGGCCGCUACUGGUACUUCAGCUCGUUGGCGAACCAUCUACGCUACCCAAACAGCCACACGCACUACUUCAGCUGCGUCAUCCUGUACCUGUUCUCGUACUCGAACAACAAGAUGGUUAAGGAGCAGAUUACGCGUGUGUUAAUCGAGCGUCUCAUCGCCAACCGCCCACACCCGUGGGGUCUGUUGGUGACCUUUAUCGAGCUGAUCCGUAACAAGAGCUACAAGUUCUGGGAGCAGGACUACCUCGAGUGCUCGAGCGAGAUCAAGGAAGUGUUUGAUGACGUGGCUCGCACGUGUCUAGGGGGAGUGGCGCCUGGUUCCUCGAGUGCGAGUCCUCUAGCCUCUCUGGGUGGCAGCGCCAUCUCCCCCAGUGCCUCGUCUUAGAUAAAGGGAUAACUUUUGCAGUCGUUAAUCUGCACAAAUUCAUUCUUCGCAUCUUAAUCGGUCGAGUCUCAACCAUUCGGUUCAUGUGUCUGUUCUUUUUUAUUUGCAGGUUUUGCCUUGUGUCAAUAGCUCUU